AUGGCAAAUGCUGCCUCAUCUUCCAUCAGCCAAACAGAACUCCUUGCUAUCCCAUUACAUCUAGUUCUUCCUUUGCCUUGCUCUGAAUCUGAAUGUUUGGGCAUAAACAGAGAACAUAUUCUUUGUCACGCGUCAUCAUAUGCAUUUCUGGUCUUAAUUGCCAAUAUUGAGGAAUAUGCACCUAUAGUUUACACGCCUACAGUUGGUCUCGUUUGCCAAAACUAUAGUGGAUUAUUUAGAAGGCCAAGGGGGAUGUAUUUCAGUGCUGAAGAUCGUGGAGAAAUGAUGUCUAUGGUUUAUAAUUGGCCAGCUGAGCAGGUUGAUAUGAUUGUUGUUACAGAUGGAAGCAGAAUAUUGGGUCUUGGAGAUCUCGGAGUUCAAGGUAUAGGAAUUGCAAUUGGGAAGCUGGAUUUGUAUGUCGCUGCUGCUGGAAUCAACCCUCAGAGGGUACUUCCUGUCAUGAUUGAUGUUGGAACUAACAAUGAAAAGCUUCUGAAUGACCCAUUGUAUUUGGGAUUGCAAGAACACCGCCUUGAUGGAGAGGAGUAUCUUGCAGUUAUUGACGAGUUCAUGGAGGCUGUGUUUACUCGUUGGCCACAUGUGAUUGUGCAGUUUGAAGAUUUUCAAAGUAAGUGGGCCUUCAAGCUAUUGCAGCGAUACAGGAACAUGUAUAGGAUGUUUAAUGAUGACGUUCAGGGAACCGCAGGAGUUGCAAUUGCUGGUCUAUUAGGAGCUGUGAGAGCACAAGGAAGGCCGAUGAUCGACUUUCCAAAGAUGAAGAUUGUUGUUGCUGGUGCUGGAAGUGCAGGAAUCGGGGUUCUCAAUGCUGCUAGGAAAACCAUGGCAAGGAUGUUAGGAGACACUGAUAUUGCUUUUGAAAGUGCCGGCAGUCAAUUCUGGGUGGUUGAUGCCAACGGCCUGAUCACUGAGGGGCGGGAAAAAAUUGAUCCAGAUGCCUUGCCAUUUGCAAGGAAGAUUAAAGAAGCUAACCGUCAAGGGCUGAGGGAAGGGGCAAGUCUUGUGGAAGUGGUGCGGCAAGUGAAGCCUGAUGUGCUUCUUGGUUUGUCUGCAGUUGGAGGCUUGUUCACGAAAGAGGUCUUAGAAGCCCUUAAAGAUUCAACUUCGACUAGACCAGCAGUCUUUGCUAUGUCAAACCCCACAAAAAACGCUGAAUGCACCCCUGACGAAGCGUUCUCCAUUGUUGGUGACAGCACUAUAUUUGCAAGUGGAAGCCCAUUUAAAGAUGUGGAUCUCGGAAAUGGUCAUAUAGGACAUUGCAACCAGGGAAAUAACAUGUACCUUUUUCCUGGGAUUGGACUUGGUACUCUUCUAUCUGGCUCUCGGAUCAUCUCGGAUGGCAUGCUACAGGCUGCAGCCGAGUGCUUAGCUGCAUAUAUGACCGACAAGGAGGUUCUCGAAGGGAUUAUAUUUCCUUCAAUAUCCAGCAUUCGUGAUAUAACAAAGCAGGUGGCUGCAGCUGUUAUCAAGGAAGCUAUAGAAGAAGACCUGGCAGAAGGAUACCGCGAAAUGGAUGCUCGAGAGCUCCGGAAACUUAGUCACGAGGACAUUGAGAGUUAUGUGGAGAACAAUAUGUGGAGUCCAGAAUACCCAGUUUUGGUCUACAAGGAGGAUUGAACACCUCUCUCCUGGCUAAACUAACAUUCUUCCCACGUCAUCUCGUUGAUGGUGAUCGGAUAAUUAAUGGAUCAGAUGCUUGUCAUAAUCUUUAUAUUGGAACAUGACCAUUGUGUGUUUGCUCGGAUCGAUUAUAAUCCCCAAGUUAUGGUGCGUUUAGUGAGUGUGUCAAUCGUUAUAUACUCCUUUUGUAUCAUGGGUUUUUCGGGUUUUGAACUCUGAAUUCCCUUAUCUGUCUUGUAAAAUUUAGUCAAAUUUUCUCAGAUUCUUUUAUUUCAAGUUUUAUAGACACCAUAUUUGAU